AUGAACGUAGCAACACCUAUCACCCUCGCGGUGAUACUGUAUCUCGUCACCGUCCUUGAAGCCACGUACCUUGAGCGUCCACUUUGGGUAGCAGAUAAAGGCAGACAGCAGUCUCUAUCGUACGGAAACGAAGAAUCACGUCUCGGUCAAUUUCAAGCUGGAAAUGAACAGCCCUGGAUAGUACCGGAACCAUACUAUCCGCAACGCUCCGGACCAACGAAUCAGGAAUGGAUGGAAAAUCAGCAGUGGCCACUGGAAUCUCCGAAUGCUGCUCAAUUAGUUCGUGAAGAACGUCCUCCGUUGGAGAACUUCGUGCCGAAUCAAGGGUACGACGGAUGGAAUCUGCCAGAUACGGCGUAUGAGUACCAAACGAAAAAUCAAGCACAAAGUAUGACCAACGGACAGGCACAACCUGCUUGGAUGAACCAACAGCAGCAGCAGCAGCAGCAGCAGCAGGUCGAGUAUCAAAAACCUUUCGUUUCGCUGGAACCAUCCGUACCCCAAGCACAACCUGAGCCCGAUCGCUACGAGGCAUAUGCUCAACAAGGAUGGAAUUGGGAGCCUAAGCCCGAAAAUGUUCAGCCGAACAAUUAUCAAACACAGUUCCAAACGCAAGAAAAUUACCAACCCUAUAGGACGGAUUCCUAUCAACCUAAACCGGACGCUGAAGCUAAGCCCGAAACCCCUCCACUAAACAGUUAUCAAUCACAGGUCCAAGCGCAAGAAAAGUACCAACCAUACAGGACGGAUUUGGAUCAACCUAAACCUGAAGUUGAGGUUAAGCCCGAAAACACACAGCUAAACAAUUAUCAACCACAGUUCCAAACGCAAGAAAAGUACCAACCAUAUUGGACGGAUUUGUAUCAACCUAAACCAGACGCUGAAGCUAAACCCGAAACUCCUCAACUAAACAAUUAUCAAUCGCAGUUCCAAACGCAAGAAAUGUACCAACCAUAUUGGACGGAUUUGUAUCAACCUAAACCAGACGCUGAAGCUAAGCCCGAAACUCCUCAACUAAACAAUUAUCAAUCGCAGUUCCAAACGCAAGAAAAGUACCAACCAUAUCAACCUAAACCUGAACCUGAAAUCCUGAUGCCGACUAACCAACCCAAGCCAGGAACCUUUAUGCCCAACCAGCCAAAUGUGGAACCAUUCCCAUCAAAUCCUGAAAAUGUGCAGCUAAACUCUUCUCCACCGCGUCCUCAAGAGAUACAACAAGGCUACAAUCCUUACCCACCGCGUCCUGAAUUGUAUCAGCACAAUCCGUCUUUUGUAGAGCCAGAGUAUCAAGGGUCAUACUAUGGGCAGCAAUUUUUACCAUCUUUUAUCGACCCAGAGUAUCAGUUGCAAAUGUCGGCUAAUAAACAACCUGUACAACAGCCAUCUAAGCCAGUAGAGCUACCUAACAAAGUGCGGAAACCAACCAAUCAACCAGAGAAUCAGUUUGGCCAAGCUCCUCUGAGUAACUUGGGCUACUAUCCGUACCGGUCGCAGGAACCAUGGUACCCGUAUCAGCAGAAUCCGACGGAAGGACUUCAAGCUUCUGUACAACAAGUUGGGCCAGAAAUGCGUGUGGGAAAUAGUAUGUCCGCCAAUCUAAUGCCAUCCCUGCAGGGUUCAUAUGGUCCCGAACCUAUCGUCGAGACACUUAAACCCGUAGACCGUACUUCCCAGCAACAGGAAAUUCGUAAACCAUCGCAACCGCUCAGACCUGAACAGCGUCCAAACCGUCCGAUGGAGCAAGUACCGGAAGAGCCGAAGUACCAGCCGAACCGUGUGCCACCGACGACCUGGGAAACCCAGUACAGACCACAGCAGGCUCCAGUUAUGCCAAAACCAAAACCAAAACCUCAAAUACGUCCACCGGUGAGCGAACCUUUGUACAACCGUAGACCGGAGACGUACUAUGGAGCUAACGAUGACGAUGAUGAGGAAGUCGUGGUUAAGUACGAAAAACCCAUUACGCGUUUUGACACACGAUGCCCGCGCGAUGACGAUCCGGCCAAGCCUGUGCACUUCCCGAGCGCAACCAGUUGCGUCAAGUUCCAGAAGUGCUUCAACGGAAUCGCAUAUGAGAUGAGCUGCCCGCCGGGGCUGGAGUUUGACGCUAAGAGCAAUCGGUGUGACUAUCCAGCCCGUGCUAGAUGCUCGGUUUGA